GAGGAUUUUAAAAAUCGUAGCAGUUCCAACACGACUUAAAUCCAGUGAAAUGCUCAUCCAACUAACAAUCCUCUUACUUAGUACCACAAGUGCCAUCGGUUCCCCAACCGGUUGGCGAAUCGUUAACGGUACAGACGCCAACAUAGAAGACUUCCCAUUCGUCGCUUCUUUGAGAUUUCUCGAUAGCCACAGCUGCGGUGCCACAAUUUUGAACAAUAACUUCAUUUUAACCGCAGCCCAUUGUGUCUAUAGAUACCCAACUUCGCUUCUGAGCCUGCAAUCUGGGCUGACUACCAUAUCGUCUGGCUUCAACGCCCCAAAUGUGGCAAGAGUGUCCAAAAUCAUGGUCCACGAAAACUAUACCGGUGGAGGUGGUUAUUAUUACGACGUCGCAGUUGUGAAGCUUGACACAAAAUUGACGUACGGACCCACCGUUCAACCAGUGGUUCUGGCACCUGCAGGAAACGCGACUCCUGAAAAUGCCCCAGCUACUCUUAUAGGGUGGGGGCUUGAUAAGUCCGGGGGAAGCAUUCAAACUCAUUUACAACAAGUCAACAUCGUUGUCUACAGUGAUGACGAAUGUGAGAAAAUUCACGCACAAACAGGUCCAACAAAUCGGAAGUUUAAUAUUUGUGCUGGAGUUCCUGAGGGUGGUAAAGGACAAUGCAAUGGAGACUCGGGUGGUCCCUUGUUGGUUAACGGCGUACAAGUCGGUGGUGUGUCUUGGUCCAUCAAACCUUGUACCGUCAAAGGAUAUCCUGGGGUGUUUAGCAAAACUGCGACUUAUGUAGACUGGAUUUAUAAACAAGUAGCCGACAACAGCUAAGCAAAAUGAAUUAUUUUAUUUUAAGUUAUUCGCUUACAUGUUUCGAUACUAUCAAGUAUCAUCAUCAGAGCUUAAAUAAUAAAAGUAACAAUAUAGAAACUUA